AGAGCAAAAGUAAAUAUCCGUGUUGUACAGGACGGGAUUUUUAAACAGAGCAGCUUUUGUUUCUGACAGAUUAACUAUAAAAUUGUGAUUUAUGUCAGAUUUGUUUGACGACACAGUAGAGAAAUGAGAUUACUGUUCUUAGCUUGUCUCAUUCCCAAAACUGGAAACUGUACUACUGCAGAAAGGAUGAGAGAUCAUAUAGAGAGUGCAGGUCAUGUCUGUGUGCUUCGGGACACCACAGACUUCAGCUCGGCUUCUGACGUAAAGCUGCUUAUGAGUCAAGAUAAAGAACCAUUUGAUGCAGCGAUGGCGAUUCAUCUGUUUAAAGGAGCAAGAUUCCUCUUAGAUGCCGGACUCCCUUUCGGAGUGGUUUUCGGAGGGACGGACAUCAACGAGGACGUAAAGGACGAUCACAAGCGAAGCGUCAUGGAGGAAGUUCUGCACAGAGCCAGGUUUGCUGUAGCAUUCACAGAGGAGAUGAAGCAGAAAGCUAAGGUUUACUUGGACUGUGACAUCACUAAGAUCUACGUACAAGCUCAUGGAAUCGAGACGAGAGCGAGUCCCACCUUCAGCUGGACAGAUUUCUUACACACUACAGGAGUUCGUGUUGAUCGAGUAGACGACCUACGCGUCUUCCUGUUAGUGUGUGGACUCCGAAAAGUGAAGGAUCCUCUCUACCUGCUGAACACCUUCUCAGGAUCCUACAGUCCAGUGUUCCCAGAUCCAUUCAUCCACACCUUAAGGAUCCCAGAUUUGCAGGCUUCUUCGUUCCCAGGGCGUAAUGGGUAUAUUCCCAGGGAAUGGCAUGCCCAGAACCCUCUGGUGAUCCUCAUCAUUAUUGGCCCAAAGAUCGAUCCUGUAUUUAGCUCAGAAGUUGAAGAAUGUGUGAAGAGGUCUGCUGGGGUGUUUCUAGCAGCAGAGAGGAAUCAGGAGGAACUUCACGCCGUCAUGAGGAAAUCAUUCGCCGUGGUCAACUCCUCCGUUUCUGAAGGGAUGUCCGCCGCCAUCUUAGAGGCCAUGGACCUGUGUGUGCCGGUGUUAGCGAGGGAUAUUCCCGGGAACGCUGCAGUAGUCCAACACGGUCACAGCGGCCUGCUCUUCUCGUCCCCGGAGGAGUUUGUGCUUCUGUCCAAGAGACUGCUGGGUGACGAGGAACUGCAGGAGAACCUGAGGACCAACGGAAAGCGCUACGUGAUGGAGACACACGACUGUGUGAAAGAGAGGAGGACGUAUCAACAGCUGGUGGAAAAACUACAGUGACGCUCAGACUUCAGUGUUUCAUAAUCAGUGUGAGGAGAAAGUCGCUGAGAUCUCUUCUGUUUAUAAACCACCAUGGCUUUUAUACGGGUGUGAGAUCAUCUGAGGUUUUCAGUUACAGGAGGGACGUUUUAAUCUAUUAGUAAUGAUCUAUUAGUAAUGAUCUAUUAGUAAUGAUCUAUUAGUAAUGAUCUAUUAGUAAUGAUCUAUAAGGAAUGAUCGCUGCUGCAUUUCAUUUUUUAGGAAGAAGUUUGGUACGGAAAUUAAUAUCGAACGGGUUUUUAUAAAUGUUUGGGUUCCAGGGACGAGGAAGAGAUUUAUGUUUACAGAACAGGAGUGUGUGUGUCUGUGUGUGUCUGUGUGUGUCUGUGUGUGAGAGAGAAAGUUGAGAGAGUAUGAGAGAGUGUGUGUGUGAGUGUGUGCAUCUUUAUUUGUGUGUAUGUGUGUGUAUGUGUGUGUGUGUAUGUGUGUGUGUAUGUGUGUUUGUGUGUGUGUGUGUGUGUGUUUGUGUGUAUGUGUAUAUGUGUGUGUGUGUGUGUGUGUUUGUGUGUAUGUGUAUAUGUGUGUGUGUGUAUGUGUAUGUGUACAGUAUGUGUGUGUGUAUGUGUGUGUGUGUAUGUGUGUGUGUGUGUGUUUGUGUGUGUGUGUGUGUGUGUGUGUGUAUAUGUGUGUGUGUGUUUGUAUGUGUAUAUGUGUGUGUGUAUGUGUAUGUGUACAGUAUGUGUGUGUGUGUGUGUGUGUGUGUGUGUGUGUGUGUGCACAAUGAAGGACAACAUUUUAAACACAACAUCAGGGUCCAUUUUUUUCUGAGCAGCUAAAGAACACAAAGACGAUCAACUUGAGCUGAAACCAAUACGACGUGAUUCAAUACACAACAAGCUGCUAAUAUUAUUAUUAAUGUUACAUUUACAGACAUUUACUGGUUAUAAUCUCUUCUAUAAGACAUCAUAAUCAUUCACAUAUUAUGUCCCUAAUUAAACCUUCAGGACCAUUUUAUUAUUGCUUUAUUAUAUUAGACUAUUAGAUAUUAAUAUUCAUGUGUUCAUUUAAAUAAUUAUUGAAUGUAAAUAUAGAUCAAUUUUAUUCAACGUUUCUUCAGUCAUUGAGAAAUAAACAUCUGUAGACGUCAAGGAAAAGACUGUUAAAGAGGAACAGCUUAAAAAGAGUGUUAAAGAGGAACAGCUUAAAAAGACUGAAUGUACAAGACCAUGUUUAUUUAUUUAUAAUCGUACAGUUUGUGGUUGGAUUUAAAUGACUUUAUAUAAUGAAUAAAAUAUCUUCAAACGUAAUCAAUGUAAAAAGUGUUUCAUCUAAAAGUCAUGAUAUGAUUCUUAGGUGCUGAACAGACAAGAAACGUCCGAUUUCCAUUUAUUUUAUACAGUUUUACUGUUUUAAAUGAAUUGUUUACAGAAAUAUUAAUCCGUAUCAGUCGUAUGGAGGUUUUACAGGAGUUCAGAUGUUUAUCAUCAGGACUUUAGUGAACGCUUCAUCGUUCUCAGUCUGCGGCUUUCAGGAGAAAUCGUCACAUGCUGCAGGUUUAGAAAUGUCUCACGGUUCAUAAUGUAAAUGCUGUAAAUUAAAUGUUUUUUAAAAAAUAUAUUUAUUCAUUUUUUUUUUUUAACGCAUUCGGGUCCUGUAUGUGUUCUGA